AUGGCACUCCUGGCUCUGGCCCACUUCAUGUACCAGAUGGUGGGAGCCACCAUUUUCCAGAUGCUGGAGAAAGAAGCAGAGGGCCACAACCACUUCCAGCUAGAGAAGCUGCACUUCUUGGCAAACUGCACCUGUUUGGAUGGACUGCACAUGGAGAGAUUUGUGCAGGUAAUUCGAGAUUCUUCCAAGGUUGGGCUUAGUCUGAAAGGGAACCAGACCAUGGACAGCUUCUGGAAGUUCACUAGCUCUGCUGUGUUUGCUGCCACUGUGGUCACCACUAUAGGCUAUGGCAACAUGAGCCCCAGUACAACGGCGGGUCAGAUCUUCUGUGUGUUCUUCGCUCUGUUUGGGAUCCCUCUGAACAUGGUGGUGCUGAACAGAGUAGGCAAGUACAUGCUGGCCAUAGAGAGGAACGCCUGCGAUUUCAUCCAGGGAAAGACCAAUCACAGGAAGUUAACCAGGUUCAUGAUCCACCUGUUGUCCUACGUCUCUGGAACAGCACUCUUCUUUGUGAUGCCCAUGGUGGUGUUCAAACAGCAAGAGGGCUGGAGCUACUCACAGGCAAUCUACUAUUGCUUCAUUUCACUCAGCACCAUUGGCUUUGGAGACUACGUCGCAGUUUCCAUGCCCUAA